AUGGAGAACGAGGCGCCCAAGAAGAGGGAUCGCUUUAUGAAGAGCUUUGGGUUCAAGCCCAAGGCGAACAAGCUCGAGAACGAGGCUGCCACGAACGUUGAUGAUUUCCUCCAUAGAUCGUCCGACAACCUGACCGUAACCCAUGCGCCUCCACCUCCACCCCCAGAUCUCUCGCAGAAGCCCCCUCGAAUUGAUACCACAGUGCCUCGCCAUGGAGUCGGAAUGAGCCAGGAUCGCCCAAUGGCUCUGGGGCGUCCCGCGGUGGGGAAGUCUAUUCGAAGAAGCCCGCGUCCUAACAAAAAGGGAUUGUUGGUCAGAUUUGUAGACACAUAUCCGGAGGUGAUAGGCGAAGGAGGUGACGAGACAGAGUUGCCCACCAUAGAGAUUUCCAAGAGGAAGAAGGCAAAGCAAGCAGCAUCAGCACCACCUCCACCUCCCCCACACAGAACUCCAGUGCAAGCACAAUUCCCAGCACAGGGAUCCGACCCAUUCGCAGACCAAAACUCCUCGCCGGUAGAUGACUUCAAGCCAAAGGCUCUGUCCAGAUCCCAGACCGGCUACUCUUCCAUCUACACACCUGAGAACGACAACGACGCACCACCAAAGCCGUUGUCAAGGUCCCAGACCGGGUUUUCUUCCGUCUACGAGCCCGAGUCUGACGAAGAACCGCAGAACAGCCAGGCGCCAACGUUGGACCUCCCGCAGUUCAAUUUGGCGGCUGCUUCCCCAGAUCCAAGUUCACGAUCACCUCCCGCAUCCCAGGAUACUCUAUUACCGGGUAGGACAUCCUCCUCGAGAUAUUUAGAAUCAUCGCCCAGGCAUGAUGAGGCUCGUAGGUCGUUUAUCGAAAUUCACCAGGCGGAGAUGCGAGAGGCCGAAGGUGCAGCAUUCGCAAAGGCCGCGCGAACAGCAAGUGCUGCAUCUAAUCACAAUUGGGCUGAUGGCCGUCGACCGCCGUCAGAUAUUAUUGAGAGCUCGCCCGAACGAACCAGGCAACGGCAAGACUCUGAUCCGACCAAUCCAUCCGUCCAAUAUAGUCCUGCGGCCUCAAUUCACUCGAAUGACUCGGAUCACACGACGUCGUCCAACUUACUUUCUGUCCAAUCCCCCCCAACUUCGUCCCUUAAUAGACAGUUCAGUGUUGCCGUUCGCCAAACUGAACGAGCUCAGCUACCAAUGAGAGCUGCGUCUGUUAGGGUUCGCGAGACAGUUGGUUCCUCGGCCGAAGAUGCUCUGGAGAUGUUUGUCUCUCGGACAAAGCAUCUAUUUGAGCUGUUUCGACUUCAUGCUGAGAGCGUAAAGCAUCUUUCUACCAGCACUCCAAAGGAUUGUGCCCGAGCUGGUCUCUGGUGGUUUCUGAAAGGCAGGAUGGGGUUGGAGUCAAGCAUCCGGGAGCGUCCAAGUAGUCCACAGUCGCAACUGAAGAAUGAGCUCAGCCGACAGCAAGCUUUCACUAACCUGGCAAAAGGAUAUUGGCUCUGUGAUCCGAUUAUCAUUGAAAUCUCUGGGUCUCAAACCGUGCAGCCGGACGCGGAAACUAUCGAGGUCUCGGACAGCGUAAUCUCUGCUCUAUCAAAGCUCGCCAUGUCAAUGAAGAGGAACCAACUAAUGCCCCCGGAGGACGCAUUUCUACCACAGACUCUGGACAAGUCUAUUUGGAUUGAGUACCCCUCUCUUAGCCAAGAUAUGGUCGCACUGCUCUCUGGCAACUGGGGCUCGGGGAUGAGCGCGAUGCAGCAUCCCAUGUCCACUCUGCAUCUCUUGGAUGCCUUCCCCAUCACCGACACGCCAGAGAAUUUCAGCUAUGGUAGAGUGAUGGCAGACCUGAGCCUCAUGGAGCAGGGCGGCAGGGAGUCUGAGAAGUUGACUUUCGCUUGCAUGCUAUCAAUGGUGAGACCACAGAAACACAGCGGUCUUGUUUUUGUCAUUGCAAGCCAGAACGGAAACGUGCAGCUUGCGAUACAGGAGAACAAGAACGCAGGACCUGUAUGGGAUGAUGUUCGUUGGCGAAAUGAGGCUUGCACGCUCGAGGUGCGUUUGCCGCGCGGGUUCAUGAUUAUUAUUCAACUAACGCAACACGACUUCCGGCUCUUGUGGAACAUGUAUGAUUUUGGAUCAAAGGUCAAAUCUACGCUGUAUCCUCGGAAGGACGAGGUUGUCGUCUUCCGCAACACUCUUCGUUCUUUCCAGUAUAUGGAUGCGGACCCCAACUCACGACUAUUCCCUAAAGAGGUGGUCAACCAAUGUGAGGUUGCCUUGUUUGAGAAGUUGUUGAAGGAAGUCGGGCCAUCCGGUACACGCAUCUGGCAUCGAGGUUUCCGAAUCGCGGUUGUCACGGGCCCUCAGACGAAGACCGUCAGCGGGGUACACCAUACGUAUCCGCCAUAUCAGCCAUUGCAAUUUAGUUUUUUCCGCGCCGAGGGGGAAGCGCCCGCUCUCUCUCUGCGUUUUGAAAAUGGCCGACAAAAAGGCAGGAUGAUAUUGACUUUCAGUGACCAGAAGGAGCGUGUACGGUUCCACUCACUACUAACCGGGACUGCGCUGAAUCAUGAUGAGAGAAUUUUCACCGAUGUACCGCUGAAGGGAUUUAUCAUCUCUCAAAGUCUUCGGGAGCCGCUUGGAGUCUCGCCCUUUAGCCGCAUGCCCUGGAAAGCAGCCAGAGUCGUGAAUGAAGAAUUCGGCCCAGACGGCGAUCAACCGCCCACCGUUCUGGCAGAUAAGCUUAAGGUGGUCCUCGAGUACCAGAACGGUACUGUCACUGAUCGAGUCAACGUGGGGCCCGGCGAGCUGAGAAUGCGUCUGGAAGUAACGAAUGCGAAAUUGUUUAGGCUGUGGAGGCAACCUCAGACCGAUAUUGGAAUCUCUGUAUCUGAAUCGCAGGUGCCGAAAGAGCUGCCGAGAAAUCUCUCCGACGCCCUCCAGCUGCUCAAAAUCAACCAAACCAUCCGAACAAUGGAAUUUGAGACGCUCAAGGAUCUCCACAACUUCCAGGCAGCAGUUACCGGGUUCGAGGUCAUUUUCGAUGGGCUGGCUGCAACACUUGCCAUAUCUCGCCGACGUAUGGUGGUGCCAAUUCACAAGAAGUGGGAAGCGGGAUUCACGAGAAUUCAGCUCGUCCAGCAAGAGGACAAGCUUCAGAUCCUUGCAUUUUUCGAGGAUUUCCACCAUGGGCAUUGUAUGAACUGGGUUCUCAAGGGCACCGAUAUCUAUGAAACCUUCUCUCGGAACGGAAAGGCCGGAAUCAAAUUCGUCGAUGCAAAGUUCCCGUUGCCGCGACUACCCGCAGAGAAGAAUGGAGAUUAUGAUGAGAUGGCCUUUGUUUGUUUGGAUUUACCAGACCUUCCCGGGGAGCACGACGAUAUCGCAAUUUUGUUUGAAAAUGAGGAGGAACGUGAUCGGCUUAUCGAACUACUCCCUGCGCCAGUUAAAGGAUCUACGAGGAUGUCACGAUUAAAGUGA